AGACAAACAAGCAGAUUGUACUUACUUACUGGUUUAUUUCAUGCACUUUGUAGACAGACCAGCACCAGACGCAGACCCGCGUGCAUUUCGAACCGUCCUACAAGGUCACGUUUUUUCCCCUGAAGAUAUGUGACUUGCUUACAAUUUGAUUUUCAUUUUACAACUCCGCAACGAACGUGAAUUUUCACAAAUGGACAAUUUUCGGUAUCCAUUGGCUCGAUGGAGCCAUCGAUUGGUCCUGAUUAUGUUCUGCUUGGGCACAAUCCAGUUGGUCGCUGCUAUUGAUCGGAAUACCAUUGCGGCAGGCGCAGCAGCCUCGGCGAAAGAGCAUAGGGCGUUAGAAGCCUUGUCCAAUGGCGCAGCCGCCACAAGGUAACAUCUCUAGCUGAUUCUUUUCCCACUCUUCACUACAAACAUGCUCUUCUAAACUUCUUUGCUCUACUGACCGACUCUCCUCUGUUGCUGAUCGAGGUGAAAUCGCUCGUUGCUUACCUCUGGUCCACUCAAACUACUGUUUCAUCACACAGGUCCUUGAGAGCCGCCAAAAAUCGAGAAUUGAAGCAAGCGCCGCUAACCGGGACCGGGAAUGGCGCAAUGCAGUCGGCCAGCGUGGUAGCGGGAGGUGGUGCUACUCCUACUGCAGCAGGUGCAAAUACGAAUACAAUCAUGCAGUCGAGCGGCGUUACGGGAGGCGGUGGCGCAGCGUCCUCUGACACAAGUACAACCGACGAGGAAGGUACCGCCUGCGGGGCGAUGCAGUGCGGGUGCUGCAACUUUUGGAUCCUGUGGUCGGUUAUCGCGUUCGUCGGACUGAGUAUCAUCGGCAUGAUAGUCGUCAACUGCUGUUUCAACAAACCCGUACCCGCUCCUGCGCAGUAGUGAUGGAGAAGAUGUGUAAACAAAGCGACCACUUACUAGUUUCCAAGAGUAAGAGAACUUUGUUGAUGUCCGGAAGAGGGAAAGACCUGUUUAAUUUUUUUUUUUCAUAAGCACUACGUACUAGCUCUAGUACUGCGACUACCUAGCUAAUACUAAUUCUACGUGCCUUUGCCUCCCCCUUCUUCUACCUCAUGUACUGAAGUUGACAGUGAAUUGAAUUGAUUACCUUUGCGCCUGAAGAUCAUUUUUCCCGCCCGAGCUCAAGCCAAACCCAAAGUUUUCCUGUGUAGAUAAGGUAUUCGAUUCUUCUUUCUAGAUGUAUAGUUGAUGCCGAAAUUCGAAGGUAGCUUCGCGGUCUGUUACUGCUCGCAAACAUGAUUCCGCUUAUUGGGUCGUUCUCGCAGGCAGAUUGAGCGUCGCGGGGCCGUGCAUUGGACCCGUGGGGAAUGUUUACCGACUCACCUCGCGUGUGCAGUGCGCUUUCACGGUCCCCGUGUCUGGGUGUAAGGUUAUGCGCGAAUGCAAUCUUCUUGUUCUUUUUCGGUGAAAAAAAUUUAUUCGGUUUGUUUACAUUUUCCACCGGGAUCAAGAG